UCGGCCACCGAUCAUUAUCUGCCGAUUUCCGUUAAAAAGUAUGUAAUCGACGUGUGCCGAUCAGUGCCUUUCAUUGCCGAUUACAGAACCCGAUCACAUGUACCUCAUACUUUGCAGUGUAGUGUAGCUCCCAAUGUCCUACAAACUGCGCAAGCGCGCGGCGGCAAAUCCUGAACAAACAUGUCUGCUGUUUGGAGCUUUUAUACGGUCUGUGAGAGUGAUGUAAAGUUUGCGUCCUGCAACACAUGCAAUGGUAAAAUACCUCGAGGGGGAAGCACGUCAAAAUGCUUCAACACAACAAAUUUAAUACGACAUUUAAAGAACAAGCACUUGGCGGAGUAUGGUGAGUUUUCGAGGCUCACUGCAGAGAAUGAAAAGAAGACAACCGGAGCAGUCAGACGGCAGUUAACGCAGACCACCAUUGCCAACACUCGCUCGUAUGAGCGUGGCAGUCAGAAGGCUAAGGAAAUAACUCGAAAAAUAAUUGAAUUAAUCGGGCUAGAUGACCAGCCUUUCUCCGUGGUGGAAGACGCUGGGUUCCGCCGACUGCUCUCACACUUGGAGCCCCGCUACGUGCUACCGGGACGUAAGUACUUCACAGAUGUAGCCCUGCCCGAGCUCCACCAGACAGUGUACUCUCACGUCCAACAUCUCCUUAAAGAAGGCGUCUCAUCCUCUUUAAGUUUCACGAGUGAUAUAUGGAGCUCGGACGUCAGUCCUGUGUCGAUGCUAAGUUUAACAGCUCACUGGAUUGAUUCGGAUUUUCAACUUCAUAAAGCUGUUCUGCAUGCCCAGGAGUUUUCUGGUUCCCAUACUGCCGUAGCUUUAGCUGCCACAUUUGAGAAAAUGUUUCAAACAUGGCAUAUUCCAAAAGACAAGAUACACGUGAUACUGAGAGAUAAUGCCAGAAACAUGGUGAAAGCUAUGACAGAUGCUGGUUUACCAAGUUUGGGGUGUAUGGCACACACCCUGCAGCUGGCCAUCCAUGAGGCAGUGCUGUCACAGCGCAGUGUAAGUGACAUUAUUGCCAAAGGGAGACGCAUUGUGGGGCACUUCAGGCACUCCCCAUUACCGUAUGCAAGACUUCAGAGUGUACAGAAACAACUUGGCCAGCCCUCCAAAAGACUGCAACAAGAUGUCAGCACUAGGUGGAAUAGCACUUAUUAUAUGCUCCACAGUCUCCUUGAGCAAAAACGAGUAUUGGGCGUUUACGCUGCUGACUUUGAGCUACCUGCAACCUUUACAUCUUCUCAGUGGGAAUUGAUUGAAAACAUGACAACACUGCUGGAACCUUUUGAAGAGCUGACUAAGGAAAUAUGCUCAUCAACUGCAUCUGCUGCUGAUGUCAUACCCUCUGUGAUGGUUUUAAAGCGUAUUCUGACCAAAGAGACUGCAGCAGAUCAUGGUGUGAAGACAACUAAGGACACGUUGCUGGAAGCUGUCACCAAAAGAUUUGCUGACAUUGAAGAAGAGCCCCUCUACAGUUUGGCAACAGUCAUAGACCCAAGGUACAAAGACAGAUUUUAUUCUGAAGGACUUAAGACCAAAACACACAGACUGCUUCUUGGUCUGAUGACAGAAGCCGCUCAGAGGGAUCCAAACCAAGAACAUGAAGCUAACAACACAGGGGAGCCAGCAGAGAAAGUGCCACGGCCAGGAUCUUUGUCUUCAAUAUUCGGUGAGAUCCUGGCAGAAGAAACCCCGCAGCAGGCUCACACCGACAGUCCAACGCCAUCAGAGAUGAUAAUCUACCUCUCAGUGCCACCCAUCUCUCGGAGUGCAUCAUCAUUGGAAUACUGGAAAACUAAUAAGGAACGUUUUCCAGACCUUGCUAAAGUAGCAAGAGCUUACCUGUCUGCACCAUGCACAAGUGUGGAGAGUGAGCGCUUAUUCAGUGCUGCAUCCAACAUUGUGGACGAACACAGGAAUAGACUCAUGACUGAAAAAGCUGAGAUGCUUCUCUUUAUUAAAAAGAACCUUCCCACAAUGCUUACCAAUAAGUAAUAGGCAUUUAGCAUGUAAAAAUGCUGUUCAACAUUUUGCCUGUUCAAAGCAAAUGCACUUUA